UCUAAUUAAUGCCCACUGAAUCAAGAUGGCCACUUUGGAGUUGGUUAUGGAUGUGUCAGAUCACACAACUAUUUUUAAUUCUGUCAAUUAUUUACUGCAGCAGCAUUGUGUAUCUGAUGCUCUCUUUUUAGCUGAGAUGUUACAUUCAGAAAAAAAGACUUCUGAUAGUGCCUAUACUUUAGCUGUUUGUUUAUAUCGAUUGGGAAGAUUGAAACAAGCCCAGUAUCUUCUUUCUAAUUAUUUAAGUGACUCUCAGUGUGUUCUUCUUUAUGCAAGAUGUUGUUUAGAAUUAAAAGAAUACCAGGAUGGAUUAUUACGACUUAGAGGUUUAUUGUGCAUUGCAGAGAGCAAUGAAAAUUUUAUUGUAGAUAAAUUUAAUAAUGAAGCUGGAGUAGCAUUUUUACUUUUAGGAGAUUUAAACAGAAAAUUGCAUUUGACCGAGGAAGCUUGUGAAGCAUACAAGCAAGCAUUAAACUACAACCCUUUCCUCUGGUCUGCCUUUGAGAGCCUGUGUCAACUGCAGAGAGGUGUUAUAGCAACAGAUGUUUUUGAUAGCAAUCAAGUUCCAAGCUUUCUACACCAGCGACAGCAUUACAAGCAACCUGAUAAUCAAAUGUUAGUCCCUGAUCGACCUCUCGAUAACUUAUCAGGGAAACCUGCUAUUCAAGUGACUACUCCCUCUGAUGCUGGAGGCUAUGUAACACCUGAGUUGUAUGAUAAUUCAGCUCUUGGUAAGGCUAUUGCUUCAUCUACCCCCGCUUUGCAGUGCCUGGCUACUACACUUCAUUUUGACUCUGAGAAGGUCCCUGCUGGACAGGUAUCACCCAGAGCACUCAACUUUACUCCUUCAACAAAUCAACCUACUUCUGAUUAUUGUCUGUCCCUUUCUCAUAAUACCCCUCAUACUAAACUAGCAACUAAACAAGCUAGUAGCCAGGAAAUAGAAGCUGAUGCGCAUUUAUUACCUGUCGCAAAUACGACCGAGUCUCCAGUUGAUGUUAAUUACGAGUUACCUACAUUACAAGAAAUUCCUUCUCAUCAGGUACGUAGAAGUGCAAGGCUUUGUGGAAUUGGAAAGUCGCCCAGCAGUUUAGCAUUCUCAAGACAUCGUCCUGAAAUUAUUCCAUCUCCAUUAACUGUUGCUCGAACCAAAUCCAGGGCAAAGGCUCCAACUGGCAAAAUUCAAAAUCCUUCUGUUAUUGGCAAAAAGCAGAGAGCUAUUAGUACUAACUUGACAAGAAAUGUUUUGAAAAGAUCUCAUAUAUCAUCAUAUGGUGUUGAUGAGAAUAAACCCCAGUCUGAAGAAGUGAAAGAAGAUGAUGAAAAAAUGGAAGAUAACAUCAUACCUGAAGAAGUUGCACCAUUUUCAUGCAAAAAAAUUUUGCUUUUAUUGCAAAGUCUAGGAUCUGCUUACUCGUGUUUAGUAAAUUACAAGGCACAGGAAGCUAUCAAUCUAUUCCAACAGUUGCCAUUGUCUCAUCGUAGCUCACCUAGGGUUUUAAUUUAUUUAGGACAAGCAAUGAUGCUUAAAGAGAAUUUCAUAAAAGCUGCACAAUACUUCAGUGAUGCCCGCUGUCAGAAUCCACACCGUCAUGAAGGCAUGGACUUGUAUGGAUCAGCUUUGUGGCAUCUUCAAAAAGAAAAUGAACUUGUCCUGUUGGCUGAAGAAAUGGAAGAAUCUAACAAAAUUUGCCCUCAAACAUUUUGUGUAUUGUCUUCACUCAUGGAGUACUACAGAGAUCAUGAUGCUGCCAUUCGUUACCUUGAGAGAGCUAUCCAGCUAGACCCUUGUAUACCAUAUUCAUACACACUAUUAGGGCUGGAAUAUACACUGGUGAAGGACUAUGACAAAGCACUUACUUCCUUCCAAGCAGCUACUAACAUUGAUCCUUGUCACUAUAAUGCCUGGUAUGGUUUAUCACACUUAUAUUUCCAGCAAGAGAAAUGGGUAUUAGCUGAAGUCAAUAUUAAAAGAGCAUUGUCACUUAAUGCUUGUAGUUCCAUGGCUUAUACACAGUUGGCAAUGAUACAGCAGAAGCAAGGUCAUCACAGUACUGCUUUAUGUACUAUUGAAAAGGCUGUAAAGUGCAACAGUUCCAACUACUUGCCCAAAUAUCAUAGAGCACUAAUACUAGAAUCUUUAGAGCAAUAUGAUGAAUCUUUGAAACAGCUUAAUGAGUUAUACACAUUUCUGUCAAAGGAGCCAUCUUUCUAUAAAUCUUUGAGCAGGGUUCUGCUAAAGUUAGGACGACCACAAGACUCUGUCCUUCACAUGGCAUGGGCAAUGGAUUACUCACACAGUAGUAGUGGAAUGAUAGCUGGGGUAGCUUUAGUAAAGCCUCAUUCUCAGCAUUUUAUGUUAUUAGAUGAUAUUGAGGGAAUUUCAGACCAGGAUUUUAUUCCUCAUGCGGAAGAUAGCAUACUGUCUGACAAUUGAUUUUAACUAUUAUUUUGAAAAUAAAUGUACAAAAGUGUAAAAUGCAUUAUGGUACAAUAAUAAUAAUAAUUGUAAUUGAGAUGUUAUCAAUCAUAAUUAUCUAACUUAUUAA